AUGGACACCGAAAUCUCCGAUCAAAAUACCCAGUCAACUGAUUCGGAUCCUGCAACGGAGCUAAGGGACUUUGUUGCAAAGUUGAUGCAAAGUUCUGACCUCGAAUCCGUCGCCUCUGAGAUCGACGUUCUUCAGUCCAUAUACGGAGACCAUGCUAUUCACCUACGCCGUUCAUCGCCCGGAAGCCCUAGAAGCGGUAUUCCCAAUCACUCGUCCAGUACUUUAGGCGCCAUCCGUUACGAAGUUUCGCUCAAUCUGCCAUCUCAUGAAGACAUUUCCAUACGUAUAUUGGUCUCAAUUCCUCCAACAUACCCUGCCUCAAGCCCCCCUCAACUGCAGCUCCUCUCUCGUUAUAUCGGCGCUUUUGGUGUCGACUCCUCACUUUUUGGAUCUAUACUCCGCACGUUCAUAUCUGUCUCAGGAGUGGAAUGGACGCCGGAAAGUGUCUGCGUUUUUGACGGACUACAGAACGUACUGGAGCGGUGCGAAGCAUGGUAUGAAGAUAAACUAAACAAGGAGACGGCCGGAGAAUUACUCAGAGAGGAUGCACAUACCCGCAACCACACCUUGGUCGAACCCGACGAGCCUUUUGAAUCGUCAUCAACUACUGACGAAAAGGAUCGAGUACCUCUCGACACUGCUUUACCGGCAAAUAUCAAAAUCGUCGAAGCCGAACCUAUUGUGGACAGAAAGAGUGUAUUUAUUGGCCGUGCUUGUCGGAUAUCCGAUCCAUCGCAGGUACCACUCGUUUUGAAUCAUCUCAUGUCGGAACGCCAUAUAUCCCGUGCCGCUCAUCCCAUCAUCAAUGCCUGGCGUUGCCAGGUGGGUAGUGUGCUUCACCAGGAUAAUGAUGACGAUGGGGAAACUGCAGCAGGUAGUCGACUGGCCCACUUACUCUCUAUCUUGGAAAUCAAUAAUGUCCUUGUUGUUGUAACCCGUUGGUUUGGUGGAAUCCAUCUGGGUCCUGAUCGUUUCAAGCACAUCAAUCAUGCUGCCCGCAAUGCGCUAGAACUUGGCGGCUUCUUAGAUCAAACGGACGAAUCAAGGGGUAGUGGGCGAAACGCGGGAAAGGGACGAAAACGAUAACACAGUUGUACUUAUUACGGAUACCGCCCCUUUAUCACAUUUUUAUCGACAAUGAGAUCAAGUACAGGGAAAGACGAUGGCUUGAAAUUUCCAUUUAUCAGGCCCCCAGAUAAAUGCUUAUAAUUCCUCCACAAUUCAUCUAAUGGCCUACUUUAGCAAGUAAUUCGUUUGACGGACUUCUACUAUGGCAGCCAAGC